AGCCUCAUGGUAAUACAGAACUGUCAUUGCUGUCAUCACGCAAGUCAUUUAUCUUGGUGCACUGAUUUAGCCAAGCCACAUCAGUACAGCAAGAUUAGGCUCGAGUUCUUUAGAGAAACCAGCUAUGUACAAAGUACUCUCCAAUGUAUCGAAGUAUACAGUCUACAAUGGAUUGCGGAAGACACCGUCUAUUCUUCAUGGAGCAUCUAUAACAACAUUAAACCUAAAUCAGCAACCAAUCCCAAAACAGCCUGUUCCCGAUCUCAAGCAAACUGCAGAACGUUACCUGAGAUCCUUAAAGCCAUUAUUGACUGACAAUGAAUAUAAAAAUACAGAGAGGAUUGUUGGUGAAUUUAUAAUCCACACAGGCGCAGGACCUCGUUUACAUGCCAAAUUAUUGGACAGAUAUCAGAACACUGAUAACUGGAUGAAAGAAUGGUGGCUAGAAGUUGCAUAUUUAGGAUACCGUUUGCCUGUGAUCGUGCAUUCCAGUCCUGGAACUGUUGGGCCUCCGGUUACUUUUCAUCGACCAGAUGAGAUGUAUGUGUAUGCAGCACGUCUCGUUGCUGCAGUGUGUAAUUAUAAUGAGAUGGUUAAGAGUGGAAAGAUUAAACAAGAAAUGGCUCGCAAUGAUCCACUUGAUAUGCAGCCUUACGGCAUGAUUCUUGGCACCCACAGGCGGCCUAACGAAGUAGUCGACAAAUUGUUACAUACAGACGAGGCCAAACACAUAAUAAUCAUAAGCAAUAAUAAUUUCUUUAAACUUUGUGUUGUUGAUAAAGACGGCAUUUUAAGCGAGGGCAAGCUCGUAGCUGCUGUAAAAGAUAUCGCAGAUCGCUCAAGUACUCAAGGAAAGUCUAUAGGAAUUUUAACUGGAAAUGACAGAGAUGCUUGGGCAAAAGAUUACAGCUUACUUUUAGAACUGGGUAACAAUAAGAAUAUAAUCAAGGAUAUAGAAAGUUCCUUGUUUAUAUUGUGUCUGGAUAAGGAUUUACCUAAAGAUGCUUUUAAGGAAAAGAACAAUGCUUCAGUUAGAGCAGUUCAAUCUAUGACAGGCUAUAGUAGCUACGUAAACGCUGGAAACAGAUGGCAUGACAAAACUGUACAGUAUAUAAUAUCCACUGAUGGUUACAUUGGUAUGGAAUACGAACACAGUCCAUGUGAAGGAGUUCCAGUUGCUGUCCUUCACGAUUAUGUAUUAAAAUAUAUCGCGGCAAGAGAAAAUAGCGCAAGGAACGGAAAGUCUGCGGAUUUCCCUAGACCAGAACUUUUGAAGUUUGAAACUAACGACGCUAUAGACUGUGCAAUCGAAAUAGCUACUGAUACGGUAGAUAAACUCUCAGACGACAUAGAUAUGGAAUGUUUUACAUUCGAUAAAUUCGGCGCAGACGCUAUAAAAGCAAUUAAAUUGAGUCCCGACAGUUUUAUUCAGAUCGCGAUGCAAGUGACUUUCUAUAAUUUACAAAGGAAGGCACCAGCUCAUUACGAAAGCGCGGCAUUACGAAGAUUUAUUAAUGCCAGAACCGAGUGUAUCAGGUCGACCAGCACCGAGUCGGUCGAGUUCGCAAAAGUAAUGCUUCCUGAAGAAGGCAAGAGCAAACAACAAAAGAAGGAAAUGAUGAUUAGAGCUAUAAAUGCUCAUAAAGAAUACGCCGCACAAGCUGCGACGGGUCAAGGCGUCGAUCGGCAUUUAUUUGGUUUAAAAAUGAUAGCGAAAAGCGAAGGAAUGGAGCUCCCAGAAUUGUAUAAAGACGUUGGUUACACCAGAAGUACAUAUUUCAAUUUAACAUCAAGUCAGGUGCCAUAUAAGUCAGCAUCUUUUAUGUGCUAUGGACCGGUUGUACCCGAUGGUUAUGGUUGCUGCUAUAAUCCGCGACCGAAGGAUAUUCUAUUUGCCUGUUCGUCGUUUAAAUCGUGCAACGAGACUAAUACGAGAGAUUUCGCUUGUGUUUUACAGCAGACAUUGUGCGAUAUGCGAGACAUAGGAAGCGAAUAAAAUUGUAUGUUCGCAAUUUUUGUGCGACGGAAAAAAGAGUUUGAUAUUUUUAUAUUAUAUACGAUAGCAAAAAACGAGAUGCUCGAGUCAAACAAAUUUGCUUCGGCAUAAACUUUUUUUAUUGCGAAAUAUAUUCUGAAGAUCGAAAACACUUUAUAUAGUAUGGCUUGGUCUACUCUGUAAAUGCCACAAUUGUAUUUUAUCAUA